ACAACGAUUAUUUCCGAAAUUUAAAUUAACAAGUACGAUGGUACUCGGGACUGAUCAAUACUUCAUGCAAAUUUAAUUCGAUUUCUUAAAUUAAAUUUGCAAGUCAUCGUAAUUAAUGCUGAGUGUCAAAUAUUCUACCAUCAAAUAACCCGAUUUUGAGCGAAAUUAAUUUCACCUUUAAAUACGUAUUGUUGCCAGUUGUCUAGUUCCACUUAAUUUUAUACAAAAACCUAAGUGUGUCCAUUUCCGAAAGCACGUUAUAACCAUAGACAAUAAAUCAAGUGUGAAAGGAAAAGGUUGACAUUACUUUUGGCGGUUAUAGGCCGCCAUGGUCUGGUGGUAAUGUCUCGGCUUCGGAACUGGAAAGAUAAAGGGUACGAUUUCACCGAAGAGCCGAUGUGUAAGCCGGUUUGGUGCACGUCAAAUUUGGGCGGGGAAAAUGCCCUACAAUCAGGGUACCAGCACAGGCUAUUGGGAAUGCCAGCCGCUUAUCAAACGAGUCUAGAAUUGAAACCAACGACCUACCAGACGUACUGUCGCAAAUUGAAUUACUUGGUGGAACGUCAGCGUGAGCUGUGUGGGAUGAAUCCCAACAUUCUGCAAACUGUGGGCCGAGGAGCGAAGAUGGGUAUCGACGAAUGCCAGCACCAGUUUCGGAUGAGUCGUUGGAAUUGUACAACUUUCAGCAACUCGAGUACUGUCUUUGGAGGCGUCAUGGACGUUCGUAGCCGGGAGAAGGCCUACGUAUAUGCCAUUUCAGCAGCAGGUGUGGCCUACAGUGUGACUCGUGCUUGCAGCAAAGGUGAACUGGGCGAAUGUCGCUGCGACGAGUUAGUGAGAAAACGUGACAACGGAGGCCGAUGGAAAUGGGGCGGUUGUUCCGACGACAUCAAAUUUGGCGCCCGCUUCAGCAAGGAUUUCGUGGAUUCUGGCGAAGAUCUACACACCCCGGAAGGCCUCAUGAAUGUACACAACAACGAAGCCGGACGCCGGGGGCUCAGGUCCAAAAUGGAAUUGGUGUGCAAAUGCCACGGAGUGUCUGGAUCGUGUUCAAUGCGUGUUUGUUGGAGGAGAUUGAAGCCCUUCCGCGAGAUUGGAGAUCUGCUGACGUCGAAGUUUGAUGGGGCAACUCUUGUGAAGGCAGUGGAAAGGCGGAACAAGGUCAAGCUUCGGCCCGUCCGAAAGAACGUGAAAAGGCCCAGUAAAAAAGAUCUUGUAUUCCUUGACGAGUCACCAGACUACUGCGUCCGCAAUGAAACGAUUGGUGUCCUAGGCACACGAGGACGUCUGUGCAAUAGCACGAGCUAUGGAAUGGACGGUUGUCGACUUCUUUGUUGCGGCCGUGGUUAUCAGACUGUGAUUCGUGAAGUCGAAGAAAAGUGCCAGUGCAAAUUUGUCUGGUGCUGUAGAGUUCAUUGCGAGAUGUGCAGCUUCAAAAAAGAAGAACAUUACUGCAAUUGAAAAGAUCUCUUCGUCCACAUCGUGACACAUAUACCUUUGCGACAGGCAUCUGGACAGUGAUGCAACAACCUCAGCGGUUUCACAUAAUUCGAAGGACCCUCCGUAAUAAAGCGAAGUACUUGAGUGACAAGAUGUGUGUAAAUUCUUCUGUGUUUCGACAUAAGUUCUUCGACAAUCGUACGGAUGUUUCUCUCCAAAUUCGAAGCACGCACAUGGACACGAGAACUACUUGAACAGGAAUGGAGACAUAAGAGUUUUAGCAUCUUUUUAUCAAACAUUGCAUUGGUGUCGAAUAUUAAAGAAAUGGUACGUUGAUAUCCGAAUACUUCGAAUCUUAAAAUCAGAUUUCCAGAAUGAGAAUUCAAUCUCCAAACAAAAUCUCUCAGAAAUAAAUGCUUGCAUACAACAGAGGUUAGAAUCGCUGAUUAUUAAAUGAAAUAAAAGGGAAAUUAAAAAGAGGCUUUCCAUAAAACUAUUAAUGUGGAUUUCGUAUAAUUUUUCCUCUUGAAAAUUUGCAUUAUUAAUCUUUAAAUGCAUUGUAACAAAAAUAAUCUUUCCAGGCAAUUCUGAAAGCUUUUAUGAUACAAAGGAACAUACACACACACACAAAAAAAAAAAAAAAAUCAAAAUUUGACUCUAUAUUACGUAUAUCUUAACAUUCAUCAAAUAUUCUAGUACUUUUGUAAGUAUUAAUUUUUAUUUAUCCUACAAUACUAGUGCAUACCGGAAGUUGUUGUCAUCCUUGCCUUGAACCCACACAUAAUUUAUACUGAACCCUUUUCUCAUCUUUUGAAUUUCUGUAGAAUUCACUGUAGAUUCAUUCAACAACCUAUUCAAAAUUCAGAAACAUAACAAAAUUAGUUCCAGUAAAAGUAUAUUUAUUACCAUUGUUAAUAUUUUUUAAAGGUCAUAUUAUAGAAAACUGCUGAAGUCGGCUAAUUAAUCCCAGGACAUUUUUAAGUGAAAGUAUUUAAUAGUUUUUCGGGAACAGAAAUCUAACCCCAAUGAAAUUUUAUAACUUAUACUUUAUAUUUUCCAAACUCAAACCCUUGUACAUUUUUUUUUUUUUUUUUUUUGCGAAGAAUCUACUUAAAAUAUAAAAUUGCGGUAAGAACUUAGAUGUGUCGACUCUUUUUCUGGUAGUUCAACAUUGGUAAUGUAUGUACAAAUUACAGAUCAAAUCAAACCAUUUUCAUUUUGCUUCCGAUUCUUCAGAGGCGUUGCAUUUUCAUCAUUUUAAUAAAUGUAUAUAGUUUUGUAAGAGAGGAGAUAAUUUUAUUUCACUAACAUUUUCAAACGUUUGCUUUUUUAAAGACAAAGACUGAAACCAAAAACUCUUCAUUUAUUUCGUCUAUGAAACCAUAGGCGCAUUGUCAUCUUAUUUCUUUAAUCAGAAUCUUUCUAAAUUUAAAAAAAGACUUAACCAACCAAUUUUAAUUAUUAUUUUUUAGAAUUUUUAUGUUUUUAAAUGAAGAUUGACUUUCUAAGUAAUUAUGUUUUACCUUUUUAAUUGAAAAAUAGUGCAAUAUGGAUUGACUAGACCAAAAAUUAUUUGAGAAAACUUUAUACAAUUGAAUUGAUUCAACUGUAAUUCCCAGAAGUAUUACUUGCUUUCCAUAUAGUUUAAUAAACGUUUCAGAAAAUAAUAUUUAAACAUAAAAAAAACUGUAAUGAUUUCAAAUGUUUUAUUCCAUAUUUUUCAAAAUGCAAUUGGCUUAACAUUAAUGAAUAUGAAUGAAUAUGAACUACAUAAAAUGUUUUUCGUAGAUACACAAAUCAGCAGUUCAAUUUUCAGUUUUUAGAUUAAUUAAAAUUUCGCAGCCGCUGUAAAAUAGUUUAUUUUGUAAUUUUGUAUCUUUAGCUUCAUAUAAUAGAAUUAGCUCAGAUAUAUUAAGUAACAGAUAUUCAAUUUUUAAAAUUACUGAUAAUUAUGAUCAGAUAUUUGAAAAUUAGAAAUUAUUUUAUUAAAAUUUUUGCAUAAAUUAAAACUUUUCAUAAUUGUUUACAAAUUUAAGAAAAUGGCACUACUUACUUUAAUUGAAAUAAAAUCAGACAACCAUUAAUAUCACUGUCUAAUCAACUAUACAAACACUUUUCUCUUAUUUUAAUGUAAUUUUUAACAAUCAGUGACUUCAUUGUGGAAUUGUAUAUUAUUCCGUCAUCAUCUCCUCUCUCAAAUUGUACUGUAGUGUCAUUAUUGUAGACUUUGUAAAAAGCUUUGUGAUUUCAUGUUUUCCACGUACAUUUGUAUACUUCGUUAUAGAGCAGCGAGUGAAAUAAAACUGA